GUCAGCGAAGAAACCUGAAGAUCAAUGUCUCACCCGAGACUUAACUUGUUGCCAUGUUCAGAAUACAACCGUGUCACAAACGACUUCUACUGUAAUUCCAGAGGAUACAUGUAGAAAUGUUUACUUCGUUUAGUUUUAUCAAUCAAGAAGGAAAGCAAGAAGAUAGUAAUUACAAGUUUUAAAUCAUAAUACUUUUCAGUAUGUAGUUUAAAAAAAUAAUAUGGAUAGGUGACAUUUUGAAAUGUUAGUAGGCUGUGCUUAUUCAUAUAUUUUUUUUCUUGUACCGUACUGUGAUUUAAGUGAAGCGAUUUCAUCGCAUUAAACAUGUUUGAAUGAAGUCAAACAAUCGAAAAGCAUUGUGUCCUUUUUGGACACUGAAUAUUAAUUACUAGGCAUAGUUCUUGUGUUUUCAUAAGUUACGUAGUUGAAACUCCGUGUAUUCUGUCACCAUGGAUGGACGUGGUUUACGAAGGAUGACUUCACUAGCAAGACACGGCUUCGUUAGGAUUUCUUCCAACAUUGCUCACAGAACGAAGUGCAAUUCUCUAGGACUUUGCUCCAGUUUGUUUCAGAGAAUUGCUUGUAAGAGUUGGCCCAUGACCAAGAUCAAAAACUGUCUUUCUCUGGCUGCUGCUCGAGCGGUGUUGAUAGCUGGACUACUUUUUUUCGCAGUGAUGAGUCUAGGUGUCACUUUCAUCGCCAAGAAGACUGUAACUUCUCUGGUUUGUGUUGUGAAUAAAAGUGAUAGAGAUGUUGACAUGACUGUGUUACGAGUGCCCAGAUUGAGCACGGACUAUGACGAAGUCAGCCUAGAUGUCAUGUCAUUGCGGAACCAGAGCAAACAACAAAUGAAAAAACUUCUUUCCACAAAGCAUAAAAAGUAUAAAAGUAUGAUGGAUUUGUUUGUCUUACCAGAGCUGGAGGAGAGUGGAGGUCAUUCGCCAUGUGCAAAGCUGCCUCCAACAUUAGCUGGACCUUCGCAAACAGACACAUCUUUAGUCUCCUUCAGACAUAUGGUGCAGACGUUCAAACAUCUUCACCAAAAUGGCCGCUUCCGUCCACGUGAUUGUCAAGCUCAUCAACGAUUGGCUGUCAUAAUCCCGUUCAGAAACCGCAAGUCUCAUUUGUUGCUCCUCUUAAACAAUCUCAUUCCAUUUCUGAGCAGACAACAAGCUGACGUCACAUUCUUUCUAAUUGAACAGCUUCCUGGAGCCAUUUUUAAUAAAGGUGCUUUACUAAACAUUGGUUAUUUAGAAGCCCUAAAGUUAGGUCAGUUUGACUGUUUUAUCUUCCACGAUGUUGACCUGGUCCCAUUGAAUGACAAGAAUCUGUACAGGUGUGGAGACAAUCCCAGACAUUUCUCUGUUGCCAUCAACAAAUUUUCGUACAGUUUGGCAUAUAAAGGAAAUUUCGGAGGUGUUGUUGGAUUGUCAAUGAAACAAUACUCUGAGGUGAACGGAAACUCAAACCUUUACAUUGGUUGGGGCGGAGAGGAUGACGAUCUCUUGGAGCGGGUCACUAACAAGGGUUACUUUAUCAGCCGAUACAGUGGCGAGUUGUCAAAAUACGACAUGGUCAACCACAGCAGGGACAAGGGUAACGAACCCAAUCCUUUCAGAGUCAAAUUACUCGAGUUGGCAAGGGUACGCCAGGAAGUGGACGGACUGAACAGCAUUCACUAUAGCAUUCACUAUAACAGAACAAUCAAAGACAUGGCUCUCUUCACACUUAUUACAGUCGACAUUGACAAUGACAGGCUAUUGUCGGAAGCCCCAGAUUUUAUCCAAGACAUUCUGUCAAGUAUAGACACUCUAGAGAGUGAGAGCUGACCGUCUAGACACUCUAGAGAGUGAGAGCUGACCGAGAGCAAGAGCUAAACGAUCAUUAGUCUUAAAUGAGCUGCGAGGGAGAAGUGUUUGUUCCUGUUUUCCUAUGGUUAAUUAACCAUUCAGCCAUUUGCAAUACUUACAACCUUCCAUGUAGAUCUAAAGUGUAAAUGAUAUGUGUGACUUCCUUUUCAAUGCCAACAAAUUGCCAUCAAAUUCUGUUCAAAUAUGUCUAGACUGUUCAUGUUAUUUUAUUAAAGUACUACGGGGUUUCGACUAUCACACUUUAGAACGCCGGACUUCUGAGUGACAAUCUCGAGAAAUAGUUUUUUUUUUAAUCUGUAAUUCCCGUUUUGCAAAAGUCGUGUCAUUUUUCGUGUAAACCUUGUGACAACUAUGAAAAGUUUUUUGCAGAUCACAUAUUUCAGUCCACGUGAAGUCAGUUGUUAUCUCAUGACUUCACAUACACUUAAUAGAGAAAAUCUGGUUUAUGAGCUAAUAAGUUUAAUUUAUAAUAUACAAUGCUGGAUUUAUCUAUAGAUAACAAACUAUAGCUUAGAGCUCCCACUUGCUUGGUGGCCCCAACAAAAGGUUCAAGCGAUAUUUUAAUUCAAUUAUGCUGAAAAAAAGAGCAAAAGAUAAACGGCUUUAUGUUGAAUUUAAGAGGGACUUAUAGCUAAAACAAAAAAACUAAAUUCAACCCUGCUAAUGUACUUCAUUUUAUUUUAACUGUCUACUUUCUAAGACUCUUUCCCUGAAACCCCAGUGAGACUUGAGGCAAACAUUGGUUAAGUGUAGACCUUGUAUGACUAACAUUGAUUUUGUAUUUAUUUAUUAAUUAACGUGUACAAACAUUUGGCUAGGAAGACGGACAUAGAGAGACAGACAGACAUACAGACAGACAGAGUGAGUUAAUAUAAGCUUUGUAAAAAAGAAAAAAGCUUAAGUUUUUAACGAACGCUGAGUGUUUUUUUUUUAAAUCUAUUUUCAUAACAAAAUUUCAUUUCUCAUCUCUGUUAUGUUUGUAAUGUUAUCACAGCGCCUUGAGCCUACAUUUUGUUUGUUAACAGCGCUUUAUAAAAUUAUUAUUAUUAUUAUGUUAGAAAUGAACGAGUAGUCAUUCUCUGGCGCUGCCAGGGUCGAGUUUCGCUAAAGAGAAACAAAAUUCAUCGUAGUCCCUUUAACAGUUUCCACUGA